AUGCCCCGUGCCCCCCACUUCAUGACCUUGCUGCUACUACUCUUGCUGCUCUCAACCCCCCACACCCAGGCUGCAUUUCCCCAGGACCCUCUCCCUCUGCUGACCUCUGACCUGCAAGGUAUCUCUCCAUUAUCCUGGUUCCGGGGCCUGGAGGAUGAUGCUGUGGUUGCAGAACUUGGGCUGGACUUUCAGAGAUUCCUGACCCUGAACCGGACCUUGCUAGUGGCUGCCAGGGAUCACGUUUUCUCCUUUGAUCUUCAAGCCCAAGAAGAAGGGGAGGGGCUCGUGCCCAACAAGUAUCUAACAUGGAGGAGCCAAGACAUGGAGAACUGUGCUGUGCGGGGCAAGCUGACGGACGAGUGCUACAACUACAUUCGUGUUCUCGUGCCCUGGGACUCCCAGACGCUCCUUGCCUGUGGAACGAACUCAUUCAGCCCCGUGUGCCGCAGCUAUGGGAUAACUUCGCUGCAGCAGGAGGGUGAGGAGCUGAGUGGGCAGGCUCGAUGCCCCUUUGAUGCCACCCAGUCCAAUGUGGCCGUGUUUGCAGAGGGCAGCCUGUAUUCAGCCACAGCUGCAGACUUCCAGGCCAGUGACGCUGUGGUUUACCGAAGCCUUGGGCCUCAGCCCCCGCUCCGCUCCGCCAAGUACGACUCCAAGUGGCUCCGAGAGCCACACUUUGUCCACGCUUUGGAGCAUGGAGACCAUGUCUACUUCUUCUUCCGAGAAGUCUCUGUGGAGGAUGCCCGGCUGGGGAGGGUGCAGUUCUCCCGUGUGGCCCGUGUGUGUAAGCGUGACAUGGGUGGCUCACCUAGGGCCUUGGACCGCCAUUGGACAUCCUUCCUCAAGCUGCGGCUCAACUGCUCUGUCCCUGGAGACUCUACCUUCUAUUUUGAUGUCUUACAGGCCUUGACAGGGCCUGUGAACUUGUAUGGUCGCUCUGCUCUCUUUGGGGUCUUCACCACCCAGACCAAUAGCAUUCCUGGCUCUGCGGUCUGCGCCUUCUACCUGGAUGAUAUCGAGCAUGGGUUUGAGGGCAAGUUCAAGGAGCAGAGGAGUCUGGAUGGGGCCUGGACCCCUGUGUCUGAGGACAGGGUCCCCUCCCCCAGGCCCGGAUCCUGUGCAGGAGUAGGUGUAGCUGCAUUGUUCCCCUCUUCUCGAGACCUCCCUGAUGAUGUCCUGACCUUCAUCAAGGCUCACCCACUCCUGGACCCUGCUGUGCCACCUGCCACCCAUCAGCCUCUGCUCACCCUCACCAGCAGGGCCCUACUGACCCAGGUGGCUGUGGAUGGCAUGGCUGGUCCCUACAGUAACACCACAGUCCUGUUCCUUGGCUCCAAUGAUGGGACAGUGCUGAAGGUGCUGCCCCCAGGGGGGCAAUCUGGGGGCUCUGAGCCCAUUCUGUUGGAAGAGAUCGAUGCCUACAGCCCCUCCCGGUGCAGUGGGAAGCGGGCAGCCCAAACAGCACGGCGGGUCAUAGGGCUGGAGCUGGACACUGAAGGUCACAGGCUCUUUGUGGCUUUUUCUGGCUGCAUCAUCUACCUCCCUCUUAGUCGAUGUGCCCGGCAUGGGGCCUGUCGGAGGAGCUGUCUGGCUUCUCAGGACCCAUACUGUGGAUGGGACAGCUCCAGAGGCUGCGUGGAUAUCAGGGCACCUGGUGGGAUUGAUGUGGAUCCAACUGGUAACCAGGAAUCCAUGGAGCAUGAUGACUGCCAAGAUGGAGCUACUGGGAGUCAGUCUGGUACAGGGGAUUCCACUUAUGUGCUUCUGAGUUCUGGCCCUUCCCCUGAGACCCCCAGCCCCCCCAGUGAUGCCCACCCCCGGCCCCAGUCUUCCACUCUUGGAGCUCACAAUCAGGGCGUGCGCCGGGAACUCCCGCCAGCCUCAGCCUCCCGCUCAGUCCCCAUCCCACUCCUCCUGGCCUGUGUGGCCGCGGCCUUCGCCCUGGGCGCCUCGGUCUCUGGCCUUCUGGUCUCCUGCGCCUGUCGCCGAGCGCACCGACGUCGGAGCAAGGAUAUCGAGUCCUCUGGGAUCCCACGUCCUCUCUCCCUCCGCAGCUUGGCCCGGCUACAUGGGGCGGGUCCAGAGCCGCCGCCGCCGUCCAAGGACGGAGACGGGGCACAGACGCCGCAGCUCUACACCACCUUCCUGCCUCCUCCCGAGGGCGUACCCCCGCCGGAGCUGGCCUGCCUGCCCACCCCGGAGUCCACGCCAGAGCUGCCGGUCAAGCACCUCCGCCACGCCGGGGGUCCCUGGGAGUGGAACCAGAACGGGAACAACGCCAAGGAGGGCCGGAGCCGCGCCCGGGGAGGGAACGCGGCGGGUGGCCCCGCGCCGCGCGUGCUGGUGAAGCCGCCGCCACCUGGCUGUCCUGGGCAAGCCGUGGAAGUCACCACCCUGGAGGAACUACUGCGCUACCUGCACGGCCCGCAGGCGCCCAGGAAGGAGGCCGAGCCCCCGGCCGCCUCUCCUUUCACCUCGCGGCCGCUGCCGCCCGAGCCCGCCCCCACCCUCUUUGCCGGCCCCAGCCUGCUGCCCAGGGACUGUGCCCCGCCUCGGAGGCUGGACGUGCCCCCGGAGGGCAAGUGCCCGGCCCCCGCCGCCCGGCCUGCGCUCUCCGCCCCAGCUCCCCGGCUCGGGGUGGGCGGCAGCCGGAAGUUGCCCUUCUCGCACCGUGCACCCCCUGCGCUGCUCACCCGAGUUCCCUCGGGAGGCCCCUCCAGGUACUCAGGGGGUGCCGGGAGACACCUCCUGUACCUGGGUCGGCCUGAGGGGCACCGGGGCCGCGCCCUGAAGAGGGUGGACGUCGAGAAGCCCCAGGGGCCCCUGAAGCCUCCCUUCGUCGGGCCCUCCUCGCAGGCGGCCGUCCCUAACGGCAGCCAUUUUAACUUUUGA